AUGCCUGCCGCAAAGCCUGAAGAAAAGGGCGAGUCCUCCAAUGCCACGUCAAAGGCAGUCCUUGCGGCAUCUUCCAAUGGAUCGCCCAACUAUGAGUUGCCAUGGGUGGAAAAGUACCGUCCAGUGUUCCUGGACGAUGUCGUCGGCAACACGGAGACUAUUGAGCGAUUGAAGAUUAUAGCAAAGGAGGGAAACAUGCCUCAUGUCAUCAUCUCGGGCAUGCCUGGCAUCGGAAAGACAACCAGCGUUCUCUGCCUCGCCCGCCAGCUACUGGGAGAAUCGUACAAGGAGGCUGUCCUUGAACUCAAUGCCAGUGACGAACGAGGUAUUGACGUUGUUCGAAACAGAAUAAAAGGAUUUGCGCAAAAGAAGGUCACACUACCUGCUGGCAGACAUAAGCUAGUUAUCCUCGACGAAGCCGAUAGCAUGACCUCUGGUGCCCAGCAGGCCCUUCGAAGAACCAUGGAAAUCUACUCCAACACCACUAGAUUCGCAUUCGCUUGCAACCAGUCAAAUAAGAUUAUCGAGCCGCUACAGUCACGAUGUGCAAUCCUUCGAUAUGCCAAGUUGACAGACGAACAAGUCGUCAAGCGAUUGAUGCAGAUCAUCGAGGCGGAAAAGGUCGAAUACAGCGAUGACGGCUUAGCUGCCUUGGUAUUCAGCGCAGAGGGAGACAUGCGACAGGCUAUCAAUAACUUGCAGUCGACGUGGGCUGGUUUCGGCUUCGUCUCAGGAGACAACGUCUUCAAGGUGGUCGAUUCACCGCAUCCAAUCAAGGUGCAGGCCAUGUUGAAGGCUUGCUACGAGGGAAAUGUCGACUCGGCUCUGGAUACCCUCCGGGAGCUGUGGGACUUGGGAUACUCGAGCCACGAUAUUAUAAGCACAAUGUUCAAAGUCACAAAGACAAUGCCAACGCUUAGCGAACACUCGAAGCUAGAGUUUAUCAGGGAGAUUGGCUUCACGCAUAUGAAGAUUCUAGAAGGCGUUCAGACAUUACUUCAGCUAUCAGGGUGUGUUGCCCGGCUAUGUAAACUGAACAUGGAUCCCAAAAGAUUUAAACCGGUGUCAAAAUAGGAUAGAAGAUGAUGACGGAAUACAGGCAGCGAAUGUGAUUUUUUUCGGCGUUGGAGCUGGGGAGAUGCUAUACAAUGUGAGGUAAUUGGGUAUCAUCAUAUGAUGCUAUGUACAUGAUCAAAACACAUGACCUUGAGGGGUUUGACAGGCAAAAGAACUGUUUAUCACUUUACUUUUCGUUGUUGGCUGCAACUUCUUGCUCAUACCUGUCCCAUUUUGCUUUCUCUCUGAGCCACCUUCUCUGAGCUCUCAUCUCAGUUUCAUAAUCUCUCAAGCGUUGGUCUGCCGCAAUCAUGCCACCCAAGGUCAUGGCCGAUAUCUGAACGUAGCUAUUCGAUACAUAAGCUUAUGUGGUGAUGUAGCAAGCAGACUUAUCCCUGAUAUACUUACACUUUGAACUGGACGGUCAUUCUCCGGUAGAGCGGCGAUCUGAGAUAGGCCAGGGCUCCCACAAUUGCCGCUCCAACGCCCCAUUUAGCUGCUCCUAUAAGUCCUCCCUUGCCGGCUUCCCAUCCGGCAUCCUGUGCCUCGCCGCUCUUGAACGGAUCGUGAGGCGCGAUCAUCUUACUUGGGGGGGGAGACAUCUUUAGUGAGUCUAUGAGACGAGAGGUAGGUUGAAUGGCGUUUGGGGUGUCGAAGCCUAAGCUGGGAGAGCAGGAUGGUGGGAAGAGAGGACGGUAGAAUGCCAAUCU